UUGCUUCAGAUUGUGAUGAUUCGAAGUUGUUCGAAGCUAAUUCAGAGCCCCUGUUUUGUUCUACCGGUACAAUGCCGCUUGUGCUCCAGUGACAGCAGCAGCAGUAGUCGUGCGCGACAAUACGAGAGAGCCUACCGACACCUCACGAAGAAAGACACCUCACAGUACCUCGCAUCAGAGCAGCAGAGACACCAGGUGUCAACAUCCAAAUUCAAAUCAGCAGACGAGUACAAACAUGUGACUGAGUUUCCGAUGCCGAUGGCCGAAUUCGAACAGAUGCAGUAUGAAGUGUUGCGGGAUGAGUUUGACCACGUGGAGUACUAUCUGCCCCCCACAUUCCAUCCCCUCCCCCCUAAACAGUUUUCGGGAGGGACAGAGAGUCCUACUGGGUGGACUGGGGUGGAUGAAUCCAAAUUCAGAGUGAAUCUCAGAACAGGAGAGUCAGAACACACGUGCAAACCAUACAUAGUGAGACGCAGUCCAGACCACAAUGUGCCAGUGUUCGAGUACCAGGUGCAGGGCGUCCAGGAGGAGACUGCCGGACAGCCGCCGGAUAUAUACAAUGAGUAUGACGUCACCACAGUCACCAACAUAUCAGGUGACAUCUGGCAGUUGGAGAGUGACCUGAAAGAGGUCAUCAAGAGGUCUUCAACCAUUGAGGAAGCAGAGGUCAAAUCACGAGUGGAUGAAGUGGCACUUGAGGUCUCCUUCGAAGGCUUCCACAGAUACUCUAUCAGAGACUUCUUAGUCAGUCAUGGCUUCUGAAGCUUUUCAAACUUAAUCUGAACUGCGAUCUAUUUUGAGCAGAGUUGAUUGGUAGUAGUCUGAAUAGUACACUGCCGCCUGAUCUGUUUUACUUUUGUUUAACUACCACUAGUAAGGGCUCCUGCAAAUUUAACUACCACCUGCAACUUUGUUGAUCACAUUGUCCGAUUGUUAUGAAAAUUGACAUGCAGACUAAUUAGGUCAUGACAAACAUAUUUGGUCGUCAUAAAACACCUUGUAAAACCACUCGUUAGA